GAUACUUGACCCCGUCUCAAUUCUGUCUCUACUGCUCCGAGUGCGAAUCUUAUCCCCCCCCCUCAUAUCGGCCUGGCAUUGUCAUCAACUUGGGGAAUACAAACAUUUUGGAAGAAUCAGUUUGAAAAGGACAGACGGCCCUCUCCGCCCUGUCCCCACACCCCAGUGAUGCUUAGCUGCUGUAUCCCAGAGGCCCACCUUGGCAGUUAGAGGAGAGGUUAUCACCAUGACAGCAUCCUCGCAGGACUCCCUGCCCUCGUCUGUGGCUGGCCUCUUCCUGCUCCUCCUCUUCCCAACUGUUUUCACACAGAACUCUGUGGUUCCGACGACUCUGACCCCGUCAUUGUUUGACCCGCAGACCCAACCAGAGUGCACAAAGAAAGAACAUCCAAAGGUUUCCAUCCAAGCACUCAGUCCGUGGAUUUCUACCUUCUCCCACCCCGGCGUGAGAGACUACUCUCAGCUCACCCUUGACCUGACUAGGAAUGAGCUUAUUGUGGGUGCCAGAAACUACCUUUUCAGACUGGACCUUGGUAACAUGUCACUGAUCCAGGUAACAGAAUGGGCACCGGACGAGGAAACCAGGAAGUCCUGUCAGAGCAAAGGCAAAACAGAGAUUGAGUGUCAGAACUACAUCAGAGUCCUGCUGGUGAACAAGACUGAGGUCAUGACCUGUGGAACCAAUGCUUUCCAACCACUGUGUAUUACCCGAGAGGUGGGCAACAUGAGCAGCAUGCUAGAGCGGGUGAACGGCGUGGCACGCUGCCCGUACGACCCUCGUCACAACUCCACGGCAGUAGUGACAGAGAGCGGAGAGCUGUAUGCCGCCACAGUCAUUGACUUCUCUGGCCGUGACCCUGUCAUAUACCGCAGCCUGGGUGGCAUGCCGCCUCUCCGGACCGCCCAGUACAACUCGAAGUGGCUCAAUGAGCCCCACUUCAUCUCAGCCUAUGACAUCGGCCUCUUCACCUUCUUCUUCCUGAGGGAGAACGCAGUAGAGCACGACUGUGGCAAGACGGUCUACUCCCGCGUGGCACGAGUGUGCAAAAACGACAUUGGCGGGCGGUUUCUCCUGGAGGACACCUGGACCACGUUCAUGAAGGCGAGGCUUAACUGCUCCCGGUCUGGGGAAAUCCCCUUCUACUACAAUGAGCUGCAGAGCACCUUCUACCUGCCGGAGCAAGACCUGAUCUACGGCAUCUUCACCACCAACGUCAACAGCAUUGCAGCGUCCGCGGUGUGUGCCUUCAACCUGAGCGCCAUCACCCAGGCCUUUAACGGGCCCUUCCGCUCCCAGGAAAACCCUCGCUCCACCUGGCUACCCACACCCAACCCAAUCCACAACUUCCAGUGUGGUACUAUAGAUGAUGAGGGUCCCAAUGAGGGUUUGACAGAGCGCAGCCUGCAGGACGCUCAGCGGCUCUACCUGAUGAAUGACGUGGUCCAGCCGGAGUCUGUUGACCCGCUGGUCAUGCAGGAUGAUGUUCGUUUCUCCAACAUGGUUGUGGAUAUAGUUCAGGGCAUGGACACCCUCUACCAUGUUAUGUACAUCAGCACAGAAUAUGGCACCAUCUUAAAGGCACUAGCUACACCCAACAAGAAGCUACAAGGCUGUUACCUGGAGGAGAUGGAGCUCUUCCCUCCUGGAGUGCGAGAACCAAUCCUAAGCCUUCAGAUCCUGCACAGCGACAGGUCACUUUUUGUUGGGCUCAAUAACCGAGUCCUGAAGAUCCAGCUGGAGAGGUGCUCCACCUACAAAACUGAGAUGCUGUGCUUGGAGGCGAGGGACCCCUAUUGUGGCUGGGACUUCAGGCAGAGCAGAUGCACCACACUGGAGGAGAGCUCCAACAUGAGCCAGUGGAAGCAGAACAUCACUGUUUGUCCGCUGCAGAACCAGACCAUCAAUGGCAGCUUUGGACCAUGGGCGCCAUGGCAACCCUGCAACAAUGACGACGGUGUGGAUGGUGUGAGCUCCUGUCUGUGUCGCUCCAGGUCUUGUGACAGUCCCGGACCUCGAUGUGGAGGAAAGAACUGUGAGGGCCCCACCAUCGAAGUCGCCAACUGCUCAAGAAAUGGAGGUUGGACGCCCUGGUCAUCAUGGGGACAGUGCAGCACAACCUGUGGCACGGGCUUUGAACUGCGCCAGCGUUCUUGUAACAACCCUUCACCCCGGCACGGUGGCCGUGUGUGUGUGGGGCCGAGCAGGGACGAGAGGUUCUGCAACGAAGGGGUGUCCUGUCCUCAGCCGAUCUUUUGGUCCCCGUGGGGCUCCUGGACCAAGUGCAGCACAGAGUGUGGGGGAGGCGUUCACUCCAGGGUCCGCACCUGUGAGAAUGGCAACAGCUGCCCAGGAUGUGCCCUGGAGUACAAGGCCUGUAACCUGGAGGCAUGUCCAGAGGUGAAGAGGAACACACCCUGGACCCCCUGGAUGCCUGUCAACGUAACUCAGGGCGGAUCUCGUCAGGAGCAGAGGAUUCGCUACAUGUGCCGAGCCCACCUGUCUGAUCCACAUGAGCUGCAGAUCGGGCGCAGGAAGGUGGAGACGCGCUUCUGCCCCAGUGACGGUACAGCCGUCUGCGAGACAGACACUCUUGUUGAGGAGCUUCUGAAGACACCAGUGGUGAGAGUUGCAGGUUCUGGCUGGUCAUCAUGGGAGCCUUGGUCGAGCUGCUCACAGAGUUGUGCCAAAGGUUACCGCACCCGUCGGCGAAGCUGCUCUGGACCAGAGGGGAAGAGCGCCCCUGUCGCAUGCCGUGGGUCGCCCGUGGAGUACCAGGACUGCAAUGUCCAGGCGUGUCCUGUGAAAGGUGCAUGGUCUUGCUGGUCAUCCUGGUCUCAGUGCUCUGUGGGUUGUGGCGGCGGUCACUACCAACGCACACGGUCCUGUAACAGCCCUGCCCCUGCCAAUGGAGGAGACAUCUGCAUAGGACUUCACACUGAAGAGGCCCUGUGCAACACACAUACCUGUGAUGAUGGUUAUGCUACAAGAAGGCAGCAGAUGGUGGGGGCUAAGCAGCCUGUUGGUGAGCACCAGACCGAUAGGAAAGGUGGCUGGUUGGCCUGGUCGCUGUGGUCGGCCUGUGACGAUUCAGGCUUGCAGAUGAGGAGUCGGGUGUGUGGGGCUCAGGGCAACAUCCCCUGUGUGGGGAACAGCACUCAGCGCAAAAACUGCAAUGAAAUACCUGUCAUUCUUCCUGCAUCUGGUUUUGAUAAGGACCAACACUGUGGAGCGUUCACCUCCAUCCACCUAAUUGCCACUGGUGUUUCCUGUUUCCUUGGGGCGGGGCUGCUCUCCUUCCUGAUCUAUGUGUACUGUCAACGUUUCCACAAGCCUUCACAGGAGUCUGCAGUCAUUCACCCCACCACUCCAAACCACCUCAACUACAAGGGCAACACCACGCCAAAGAAUGAGAAGUACACGCCCAUGGAGUUCAAGACGCUAAACAAGAACAACCUGCUACCAGAUGAAAGGUCCAACUUCUAUCCACCACCACUCCAGCAAACAAAUGUCUACACCACCACCUACUAUCCCACAGCACUCGGCAAAUACGACUACCAGCCCAACCCCUCCCCUACGUCAUGCAGGACCUACAACCACAGCAAUAACAGCUGAGACAUGCCCCACAACUGGCUCUCAAUCCCCCUUCCCUGCUGAUCCAAAUGGACGCCACCCAAUGCCAUGGUGACACGUACUGAAACGUUUCUCAGAGCUCGGCCAGUUCCUCUGUUCGCCAAUGCCCCACUGCUUGCUUCUACAGUCUCUUCUGCAUGUUCGGGUUUGUGCUUUCAAGAGUGCUUCUGGACGUGCCCAUCAGGAGAUUAUGGGUUUGGAUGACGACGCCCAUAUCCUGGUACAUGAAGUGUGUUAUUGUAAGGACCUGACUGAAUACAACAGUGUCAACUCAGAGCUUCUCUCCAAGUGGGGAUCCAGUGGAAAACUAGCAGAUAAUUUUAGAUAAUUAUGACAAGUGCACCUCAGUGCAGGUGCCGAGUCAAGAAUCCACAAUUGCAAAGAUGAGCAACAACAGAACAUUACAACAAGAAUAAAACAGUACAACAAAAACUGCAUUUCUCUGGAUCUAGGUCACUAUUUUACACCUCGACAGUGCAAACAACUUCCUGAGCCUCUAAUCAACUCUGAGCCCCUCGACAACAAAGGCAGAGCAAACAGUAUAUAUUGGAAUGUUUGUGCAACACAGCGUAGAGCGAGAGAACAACAGAAACAGAGGACACUCAGCGACGUCGAUGAUGAAGUAAAUUAGAGAUCAGUAUCAGCUCAGCCGUUUGGGGAAGAUGUGUGUCCUUCAUUGCUGGCAUUUCACAUGACAGAAAAGACAAGAACUUUAGAGCUGAUUAGUUUUCAGAUGACUGUUUGGAAAAGCCUCGACAUUAAACAUCAACUUGAGUUGGAGAAAAAUAUUCUCUAAAUUUGGUUCUGAUCAAAGCUGCGUGCUUUUAGUGGACAAGGAUGUUCACUCAAAGUCAGAGCAAAGGAACUGUGGGAAGCAGUCUGAACUGUACAUACAGCCUUGGGUGCCUGUAUGCAAUAGAGGACAGGGGAGAGAUUUGUUUUCUAUUUCUGAAAGGGAAUUGAUUGAUUCUCCAAUUGAUUCUCCAAUGGAUGCAUUGAUUCUACUGAGUGCUAAAUAGCUCGGUGGCCAUAUCAAAUAUGGCCAGUGUGCUAAACACCUGGAUUUGGUUUUCUAUGAUGGUAGAAUAAGCUAGUAGACUGGCACUUGUUCUUUUUCUUUGGUUUUCAAGAUAAUUGUUUUAUGCUCAGAUGAGCCGUAGCAUAGGAGGAGAUAUUUUGUUAUAUAAUAUAUAGCUGAUUAAUUCUUGGUUCUUUCACUUCACAUUCCUUGCUUUUCAUGCAGUUCAGUAACCAUUACGUCUUCAGUACAUGACAUGUUAACACAAAGAUAGAACUACACGUUGAUACGCUUUUACAAAACAUGUAACAAAACAUCUAUUUGGCCCUGCUUGAAAAGAAAAAGACAAAACUAUGGUUGCUUUGCCUGCGUGGAUGUGCAUACAUAACACGUAUUCACCAUGAAUGUCAGGAGUUACUGUAUUGUACAGUGUAAAUGCUUUCAUACACAUGACUUAGGUCUAUAGAGGUAUUUUUGUGCUCCAAACCCCCCACCCCCCCACUGUCACUGACACUCCAGGCAUCCUACUUUGUUAAGUUCACGUAUGCCAUGGUAACCAUUGUAAGUGAAAGCAUUGCGCCUCUGGGGUGGAACAGAUAAUAUUUAUAGUCCAAGCUUGGUUUCUAAAGGGCAUUUUCACAUCUAUAUUUUAUUAUUAUUGCCUGAUUGAUGAAUGCUAACCCAGCAAUGCUUUUAAGUUCAGCUACUGUACAUGCAUGAGAUAAGAGCUCUAUCUGUAUAUAGGAGUGACAGCCUUCUACAGCCCAUUUAAUGACCCUAAAGAGGAGUGUGUAAAUGAAUCUGUAUAUUGUAUAGAUAACACUGUUUUAAAAAAAAGCCUUAUAGUGGGGGAAAAAAAAAGUUCUGCAGCUAAGUACACACCAACCAUGAGGUUUGUUUGGGGACAGAGCUCCACAAUGUGACCGACCGCCUGCGGCUGAUGACCUUUCCCAGCUGCUCAAACAUCAAAUUUCCAGAGACACAUGAAUCCAAACUGGAAAUAACUGAGUACAGCACUGAUAAGGAGACCGCAUCAAAUAUUAGAUAGCAAAUAGUCACAUAUAAUGGAACGGUAUCUAAGCUAAGCUUCUAUUGGCCUGGUCCAAAAGCCAGUCAUCUGAUUGGUCAAUAUGGAGCUCUGUCCCCUGCAAAGUGAGGCUCUGUGCCCUUCUAUGCAACUUACCAGGUGUACUGUUAGACCUGUCAUGUAGACUGUAAUCACUGCCUUUUAGACACUGUGAAUUUUUUGGUACCCUAUAUUUUUGUAUAUUGUACAUUAUAAAGGAUAAUAAACCUUGAUGCCAACACAAACGUAUGGGAUCUGUCAGAG